AACGCUCUGCACCAUUUUCAGAAACCUCCCAUCGUCGUCGUCAUAACCAUCAGUUAGAGAGACAGAGAGCGAAGAGAGAGAGACAGAGAGACAGAGAGACAGAGGAUGAAACUGGAAACCGAAGCCCGCAAAGACCCGGGCCGGAACCCGGAUCCGAAGCCGCAACCUGAGCUCGACAAUGUCGACGACGACCGCCGCGAAGAAGCCCAGCAGCUCUUCUUCUUCGACGACGGCGACGAUAGCAACUGCUCGACCCCUUUCGUCAGCGCCCCGUCCAGCCCCGGCCGGAGCUCCGGGCCCGUCGCCGGCUACUUCUACAGCGCGCCGGCGAGCCCCAUGCACUUCGUGCUAUCUGCGUCGGCGAUGCUGGCGCAGCCCCGCGCCUCCGAGAGCUCCGUGUCGUUCGAGUUCGAGUUCUCGUCCCGGUUCGGGUCGUCCGGGUCGAGCCAUCCCAGGCCGAUGAGCUCGGCGGACGAGCUGUUCCUGAACGGCCAGAUCCGGCCCAUGAAGCUCUCGACCCACCUGGAGAGGCCUCAGGUCCUCGCCCCAUUGCUGGAUCUGGACGACGAAGAGCAAGAACGAGAAGAGAGUCAAAAUGGCGGGGAUUUCAGAGGCAGAGAUCUGAGGCUGAGGGACAAGUCGGUCCGCAGGCGGACGAGGUCCAUGUCGCCUCUCAGGAACAUUCCAUUCGAGUGGAACGAGGAAGAGGAAGACAGCAGUGGCAGAGGAAGUAAGUUUGGCGGCAAAUCAGGGGAGAAAGCGGGAAAUCUCGACGAAGAGCGAGGUGAUGCUUCAAAGGUGGAGUCUUUGUCGUCCGAAACGACACCGUCAGUCUCAGCUUCGUCUUCGAGGUCGUCUUCGGCUGGUCGGAGCUCGAAGAGGUGGGUGUUCCUGAAAGAUUUUCUGAGAAGCAAAAGCGAAGGGAGUAGCAACAACAAGUUCUGGAACACGCUCUCGUUCUCACCAGUCAAAGAGAAGCGAGACAAAGAGAGACCCGCCAACUCUGCCUCAUCUUCAACCUCGAAACAGAGCAAAGUUCCAAGCUUGUCUUCAGCAUUUGGGGUUGCUGGAAAUUUUCUCGACACCGAGAAAAUCAAGAAAGGUGGUUCCGGGAAAAAAUCAGGUGGGAAGAGGCCGGUGAACGGGUCGUCAGCUGGGAAGAGGAGGGUCCCACCAUCGCCACACGAGCUGCAUUACACAGCCAACAGGGCCCAGAGUGAAGAGAUGAGGAAGAAGACAUUCUUGCCCUACAGGCAAGGCCUGCUUGGUUGCUUAGGGUUUAGCUCAAAGGGUUAUGGUGCCAUGAAUGGAUUUGCUAGAGCUCUGAACCCUGUUUCUUCCAGAUCACAUGGACAUGAUCACAUGGCUUUUCAGUGCCCAAGGGGAAGGCACAUGAAUAUCUGAUGUUAGGUGUUAGGAGGGGAGGUCCCAUGGGGCAUGGAGGACCCCAGAAUUUGCACAAGGAUGCUGCUGCACACCAACCUGCAAUUCGCAAAAGGAGGACUUUUAUGGAGAUUUUUGGUUUUAUUCACAUGGCCCCAUGUUCAUGAUGCUGGUGCUGGCGUUAAA